AAUGCGAGGUAUCAAUUACCCAUGAACAUUGGAAAUCAGGAGAUGUGGUGAAUAUUGGAAGUCAGAUGCGCAAAUAUGGAUACUGCUUACCUAACAACAAUGUGAUGCCAAACUUUGAACUUUUACCUAAUGCACCAACUGGCAUAUUUAGAUGUACAGGUAGAGAGGUGCUUACAUAUCCAAAUCCGGAAUACUUCUUAUACCACCACACGUCUUAUUAUGAUCUUCAUCUAAUAUUGAGACUAUGUCAUCAAAAGACUUCUGAAUUUAAAAGAAAACCAUAGGUGCUAA